AUGUCGACAUUCCUUCCAAUCCCGCACAGUGAGGAAUGGAUAAAGAACCGACAGUUCGGGAUCGUGAUCGACGCCGGCUCUUCAGGAUCGAGAUUACACAUCUACAGCUGGAUCAACCGCAACCAUAUACUACAGACUGCACCGCAUAGUCAGAUCGCGGGGGUCUUGCCGACCAUUGAACCUGGGGUGGAAUCGGAUUCUGUGCAUGCUGGCGAAUGGACUGUACGGACUGAGCCAGGCAUCGCGGACUUCAAGGACAGGCCCGACGAUGUAGGCGAGCACCUGGAACCACUCCUCGACCACGCCCUCACCAUCAUCCCCGAAUCAGAAAUCGCACGCACACCCAUCUACGUCCUCGCCACUGCUGGCCUGCGUCUUGUUCAGGACGACAUCCGGGAACAGAUCCUCGCCAACUCUUGCAACUACAUCAAGGACAACUACAACUUUCACAUUGGGGACUGCAAGACUCAUGUCAAGAACAUCUCGGGUGAGGAGGAGGGAAUUUAUGGAUGGGUGGCGAUCAAUUAUCUUAUGGGCGGGUUUGAUAAUGGCGGAGUCAAGAUGAUCAAGCCAGAGGUGUCCGACUCUGAAUCGCACGACUCGGAUGACCAAGGGUCGGUCCCCGCCGUCGACUCCCAUGGAUCAUCAGAAAAUACUGGAGGCAACAACCAAUCGGACAGCGCCAGCAGUGGGGACGACAAUUUUUCACAUCGCCACACGCUGGGCUUUCUGGACAUGGGAGGCGCUAGUACACAGAUCGCCUUUGAACCCUCACCAGAGGCAUCACGGGAACACGCCAACGAUCUGAUGGCAGUUCAUCUACGGACACUGGACGGACAUACGCUGGAGUACAACGUCUUUGUUACCACCUUCCUCGGCUAUGGAUCGAACCAGGCCCGGCGGCGGUACGUCAAGGAUUACCUGCUGGCGGCCAAUAAGGAGCUACUGGAGAAGGAAAAACCCGGUGUCCAGACCACGAUCGAGGACCCCUGUUUGCCGAAACACUUGCAAUUGAGCGAAACACACACGUUGCCUCAUGUACCGUUGAUAGGUUCGGGAUCCUUCAAGGAGUGUCUCAAGAAGGUCGAAGUCUUGUUGAACAAGGACAAGGAGUGUCAUGACGAGCCCUGUCUCUUCAAUGGAGUCCAUACCCCGCCCAUCGACUUCAACAUCAACACGUUUAUUGGUGUAUCAGAGUACUGGUACUCUUCACAUGACAUCCUGGGUCUUGGAGGUGCGUAUGACUAUGCAGAGUUUGAGCGAAAAUCGGCCGAGUUUUGUAAUUCAGAGUGGGACGAUAUCAAGGACCGGCCAGAGUUUCAGGACCAGCUUCAGGAGCGGUUGGAGAUGCAGUGUUUUAAGUCUGCGUGGCUGUCGAAUGUGCUCCAUGGCGGGUUUGGACUGCCCCGGUUUGGCGAGAAGGGUGCUCUGGGGUCGGAGGAGCAAUCGAGUGAGGUCCUAGAGAAGGCGGAGGAGUCGAUCAAGAAGAAGAACUGGAGGUCGCCGUUUCAGAGCAUCAAUGCGAUCAAGGACAUCCAGGUGACGUGGACUUUGGGAGCCAUGUUGUUGAUCUCAAGUGGGUCCCUCGACGCUCCUAACCCUCAUCUGGGAGGAGAGCAUCAUUCGCCGACGUUAAUCUUGCCACCACCGGACCACAAGGCACCACAUGAGGACACCUACCCUGAACGGAUGCUCGACAGCUACAACCAUUUCAUGCUGCUGGCGAUUGUGCUCUUUGGCCUGGCCAUCUUUUGGGUCUACCGGUCGAGAUCUUCCAAGACUUGGCCUACCGUCCGGAGGUGGUUGGGCUCUGCUGGCGGCGUUACUUCCCCUGGAGGGUCUAAUAGCGGUGGCAGUGGCGCAGGAGGGUUGCCCUUCUUUGGCAGGUUCCGUCGGACGAGUGGACCCUCGAAUGCAGACUACAGUGCGUUGGAAUCCGGUACAGCAGGGUCGACACCUACGUAUGGGCGCAGUUUUGGAUUCAAGGUGUUUUACCUCUCAGUGGUCCACCACACACGGUCGGUCUGGUGGUCAAUCACGUCUCGUAUCUGGCCGGAGCCUCGGGGAGGGUUUGAUUCUAUGGACGGCCAACCUGGCGAAAUGAUUGAGGCGAUUACAAUUGCUGGAUAUGAUGGAAACUCGAGUACUACCAACACGAUGCCUAUGGGAGGUAUGACGAGUCAUCAUGGUGGCACCCCUGCAGGAAGCUUUGGGACCUCUGGAUUGAACACUAUCCCCGAGGGAGGUGCGGGAAACAUUGUUGGCAAUGGAGCGGGAGGACCUGGAGGCAUGUUUGAUAUGAGUUUCCAUCGUUCACAUUCGUCUCACUCGGCCCAGCGGGGUCCACCCAAGACUAAGCCCAAUUUCUUCCGGAUCAACAAGAAGCGGUUUUCCGGCGACUCGCAAUCGUUGUUUAGCAACAAGAUGGGGCCCGGUGGUAGUGGCACUGGAACUGAUGGAUGUGUAGUUAACACUGCGUUGCUUCAGAAGCAGACCAAGAACUCUGUUGAGCUGACGGCUCGGACUGCAUCGUCCACCAACUUGUCGGGACUCUGGAACUACAACAACAACAGCACCUCGUCGAUCCCCAACAGUAUCAACAACCCCGACCAGUCUGCUACUGGAGGCACAUGGAAGCAAGGCUGGAUCCCUGAAGAGGAGGCCGAUGAUGUCCCUAUGCCCUCACUCCUAUCGACAUCUCGCAGUUACAACACUGUGAUCCAUUCCUCAGGUCAAAGCCCGCUUCUGACACCCAUGGCGCGGUACAAGUUACAACACCAGGACGGCUCCUCAUCCGCCCCCUCGUCGACCGUCAACCUAGGCUCGGCCAUGUUACAGACCCAGAUCCACAACUCUGGGUUUGGCUCUUCAUCCGGGUUUGUGACCUCUGCGGACGAGCGGGAAGAGUGGAGUGCGGAUGGUGGCGAUGGGGAUGAUGAAGGUGAGGGGUACAUGGAUCGUCGACCCCCUGGCCAUUCGACUACUGGGUCCAUUGACCACAAGACAUUUCAACAAUACCAGCAGCAACAACAACAACAGCAGCAACAACAACAGGUUCAAUUCAACCAGCAACAGUACUCCAACCAACCCUUCCGAUCCGCCAGCGCCGUCCCCUUCUCGUCUUCCUCCACCUCGUCUCCAAGAUCUCACAGGAGUCAGCACAACCACCAACACUCCAGCAGCCCAGCAGUACCCACAAUCGGAUCCCGAUACAAGCAACGGUCCACCGGACUCCUCUCCGGAAUCAACUUUGAAUCGGGCGGUGGCGCUAUGACAUCCAUCGACGCCGGCCAAGAGUCCGCAGGCGAAGCCGGGUACCAGAGCGGAUCCUCUACCGGCCACGGACCCAGCGUCAGCAGUGGUCGUUUCGGCACCGCUACUGGUGUGGGUAGUACAGCUGCAGGAGUGGCGAUGGCCAGGGCGGGCAGUCCGAUGGUCAUGAAUAUGCAACAGGCGUCGACCAGCACGAGUUCGUUGGUGCAAGGACGGCAUAAUGUGUCAGAGCUGGAUCAGCAGUUGGUUUCGAGGGGGAGCAGUGAGAACAUGCGGCGUGGUAGCAUGGGCGCCGUCAUGUCUCCCUAA